GGCGAUAGGACCGCGUGGAGUCCGACCGCCAUCGAACCUCCCCGCGGCGGUAACCUCGUUCGUACUUACGUAAGACGAUAAAAAAAAGAAAUAUGUAAAAAAAAAUAACUGAUAUACAGACUUAUUGAAAGUGUUCUAUAUCGAUAAAGGAAAAAAAUAAAUCAUGCAUAUUCGCGCGGUUUCGACCUUCUGUGAGUGAACACACAUGAUCAGUGUUGUUUGUUAUUAUUAUUUGGAGUUGAAAGUAUAGUAUUUGGAAGAUUUGUGUGGUUUGCACCAGUAGGUACCUACGCAAUUCUAAAUAUUAAUUAAUCGUAACGGAAGUCCAUUUGUGAGUGCAGUGUAAACAAAGUAAAACCUAAAUUAAACCGAACAUGUUUAUCGCCUUUCUUUGUAUAGAAAUGGAUCGAUUUUGUUUUUAAUUUAAGUAGAAAAGGUUUUAGUGCAAACUAAGAUGUUAUUUGUGACUUUAAAGAAGGUGCAAUGAAAGGAGGUGUAGUGUACGAUAGUUUCGGUGAAGUGAGGUGAGGGGCCGAUGGGAGGGCGUGAGCGGUGCGCGGGGCGAGGAGCGCGGUGACUGCCCGCGCUCACCAUGCGGCGGGCGCUGCCGGCGCUCGUGAUCGCCGCCGCAUGCGUCGCUGCGUCUGCGCAGAUCACGUGGACACCUAUCUUCUUGGACGGGAGCAGCCAAGUGGAUCUGUGGACACAGUCGUCGACUGGUUGCGCCUGUCCCGGCGGCAUUGGCGAGGACUGCGCGUGCUGCGUGCGGGACGGCGCAUGCCCAUGUGGUGACAUUGCACCAGCAAGAUGCGCGCAAUGCGGCCUCGAACAGUACUGUGCCAAUAUGUGUAACAUCACCAUUGACUCACGAAUUCUGAAGACCAAAUCGGGGAAGACGUUUGGUCAGAUCAAGUCGCCGUCGAUAGAGGGCCCAGGGUCCUGCUCGUAUCUGCUGCAGCCCGAUGCCGGUCAACGCGUGGAGAUACAACUGUACCGAUUGGUGUCUGUGGGGAGAUUCAACGGAAGCAGUUGUGUCGGCGGAUGGAUACAAUUGGGCGGGGCGACUGCUGUCAAAAGCGCGGGAGGAGCAGCGGAGACGAGACUCUGUGGCGCCAACGAGCGUUACUCUCCGCCCGUGGUGUUGUUCGCUGAUCACGGUGCAUCUACAUUAGAAUUUAGGAUAACAGAGAAGACGGUGAGGUCGCAGUUCCUAGCCUUCUUCAGCUUCACCAGUCUGAGUAAUACACAGGGGGUGGGGUUCCACCCACGCGGCGGCUCCAGGAUACCCCACACAGAUUGCGACUGGCUGUACCAGGACGUGUCGUGUCGGGGCCCCGGCACCUGCGUCCUGGCCAGCCCCGGAUAUCCUGGGCUAUACCCACCGCACAGGAGGUGCCGCUACCUGUUCGCCACCAACUCUGUCAACACUAGAGUCAAAAUCAUCUUCACGUCCAUAUUGUUGCCUAGAAACCACUGUGCCACAGAUUAUCUGUCGCUGCGGGCCGGUAGUUCGCCGUCGGCGCCACUGCUGGCUUCACUUUGCUCGGAACGGACAGCCACGCUGGAGCAACCUGGGCCCAACUUGCUAUUAGAAUUUAACUCAGGGCCUUUAGCCCCUCCGUACGACUACAACGGCUUCAUAGCCAAGCUGGAGUUUAUAGAUAGAGACGACAGCAGCCUACCGCCACCAACUGUGGUGCCAGCGUCACCGCCGCUCGCAGCGCUCACACAUUUGAUACAGAAUGUGGAUAGGGUGGCAGCGAUGGAAAGUAAUGCGGUGUCCAACGAGGUCUCGGCCAAUAAUGGCGGGCGAGUAGGGUGCGGUGCCACUGUGCGAGGUUACGGAGCGGGUGGAGCCCGCUCGGGUCACUUUGACACAAGAGCCAGCGGCUGGAGAUCUCAGUGCGCGAUCCACUUGCUUGGGGCACCAACAGAUGUUGUCCAAGUUUCACUGUUCAAUUAUAAUUUAAGAUUACAAAGUUGCCGAUCUCAUAUUGAGGUCUUGGAAGGGCUACACGACUUCGGAGGGAAAGAGAGAGGCGAUCGGUCUGAAAGAGGCGACCGAGCUGUUUUGAGAGUUUGUGGACCUUCGGUGAGGGAGGCGAGAGACCCCUCGGGAAGAUUCCUGCUUCGCCAAGCAGUGACAUCCAAAGGUGCUAAUCUCACCAUUUUGGUGCGACGAGCGGCCACCCAAAGCGUGGACGAGGAAGAAUUUGUGGAUGGCGCUUUCGCCUUUCAUGACGAAUUGCAUGAAGGCACUGCGUCUCCGGACGCUACUUGUGCGGCUACCCAUUACGGUCUAGCGUCACCGAAACACGGAGGAGUGUCGGCGCCAUCCCAUCAUCACAUCUUUUGGAACAUUGAGGAGAGACUGCAGUGCUCGCAUCGGUUUAUACCUGCUGCCAAUCAGAGUGUAACUAUUGAGAUUCAGCGGUUAGACCGUAUGUGGAGUGCAGAGCCGACGGGCACGGUUGGUGCGGCCGGCUGCAGGACGGCUUGUGGGGACGCCGGCUGCGAAUGCCGCGCCAACACUCCGUUACACUACCACGACCACAUAGCGUUAGUCGCGGGUGAUGGCACGCAUCUGUCCUGUCUCUGCGGUGACUUCAAGGCGGCGUGGCUGCCCGUGGUGGUGCGCAGUUGGACGAGCGCGCGGCUGGAAUACUCAGUAGCGCACUACACGUACGCCAGUCGGGGAUUCGAUUACGCGGCCGCCUACAGCUUUAACGACGACGCCAUGUGCGGCCAACGCACAUACACCACUCAUUCAGGCGAAAUAGCUUCCCGGAACGUGUCGGUGACGGGAAGCCUCAACGAGUUUUUCUAUCAACAAUGCACAUGGGUCCUCGACUCGAAUGUCGAAAGGCAGCUCUUCAUAGAUAUCUCAUCGGAGCAGGAUAAAUCUUGUGGUUCUUGGAAUAUCACCCUCCAUGAAUGGUCUGGUAGCGGGGCCCACAGCGAUGGCGGUUUGGCCGCAGCAGCGGGCGAGCUAUUGUAUACCUUCUGCGCACGGCAUAAGAACCACACUUACACUCUGCCAUGGCGACUCAACACUGUAGUCAUCAGAUUGGUGGCACUGUCCCGGCAGCAGCCCCUCUAUAGGAUAAGAUGGAGGUCGCAAGUGGUCCGGGCUAACAAUCGCCUGGGCCCGCCCACUCCUGUCCCAGCGGCGUCGGCUGGUACCAGCAGUCCCACCAAUGAUAUAAGCUUGAUUUUCUCCCUGCUGCUUUGGGUGGCCCUACUGAAAGUUGUGUGAACACGCAAGUAACGCUACUACGAAGAUCGUCGAAAAUAAGUCAAAAUGCUAAUUUUGACGAAAAUGAUAGUGUUUAAAAAAAUAACACAACUCUGUGGAACCCUUUCAACGCUACACUUUUUAUAGGUACAACGAAAGUGUUACCAACACAGUGCACAUUUGUAUAGAAUACUUUAAUAAUAACAAUAACGAAAUACGAAUAAGGUGUGUAAAAAGCGAACAAGGUGUUUCAUAAUGCAGACGUCUAGACUUUAAGUGUACUCAACAAAAGCGAGGUAGGUUUUAGUAUUUAAUUACAAAGCACUGAGUCAUUUAAUCAUUAGUCUAUAAAAUGUAUUUUUCGGAGAACGCUUUCAUGACUUAACCGGUUUUCGUGUACUCUAAUUUUCUGUUAAUUUAUUUGCAAUUUCUCAAACAGUGUACUAUAACCUUCAUUACAUAAGUGGAUAUGUUAAAGUCAAUUAAAUAUAGGCACUAAACAAUAAUGAUACUUCAAAAAAGAUAGUAAGCAUGUACUGAUCGAAAAUGUAUCUACUAUUGAUGCUUAAAGAAAAAUAUUGUAAAAACACAUUCUCCAUUUUUGUCUUAACUUCUAUGAUUGAUUACCUUUAAAAGUUAAGUAAUAAAUUCGAUGACAAUCAGUGCCCUAUUUGAUGCCCCCGCGGAUUUGUACCGCGGUUCCUAUACAAAUCGGCGAGGAUCCACACCCGAUCCGCGCGUUAAAAUUUUACAGAAUAGUACUGCUGACCUGAUGGGCGUUACAGUAUAUUACAAUUUCAGUCGGAUAAAACAGAUAGGUGCUUCUAAUUAAUAAUAAUUCAUGUUGUAUAAACUUCUGGGCGGGUAAAACCACACCAAAAUUCAAUCUAGCAAAGUUGGAAAUCCAUGGAAAUUAAAAUCGAGUCCUGAGAUUUAUAUUUUAUUCUGAGGAAAAAACUUUUUAAUGUCUGUAAUAUAAGGUUUCGUCCGCGCUAACACUUAUUGAAAUUAUGUGCGUAAAUUAGUUUUCAUAAAUAGAUUUUUGGUAAGUAUGUUAUUAAUUUUUAUAAAACUUCAUUUAAUGACAAAAUGUUUCGGCUAAUACUUACUUACUCGAAGUAUUUCGAUUUUUUUCAAGGAUAUUUCGUGGUUUAUUUUUCAUUGCGAGUUUAAAAUAUGUAAUACUGCACAUAAAAAAAUCACUUGGUUUUAGCCAAAAUAUUUUGUUUCUUCUUUUUAAAGUUCUUGGUAGAAGGACGCAUACGGAUCUUUUUGCAAAAAAUAAAAACCUUUUGCUUUGGCUUAGAAAUUUGAUUUUUACAGGAGUUGACAUGAGUAUUAUAAAUACACAAUAAAUUUCAGUUUGAUACCUUCACGCGUUCCUGAGAAAAACGGUCUUGACAGAUGGACGGACGGACAGACGGACAGACGGACGGACGAACAACAAAGUUAUCCUAUAAGGGUUCCGCUUUUUCCUUUUGAGGUACGGAACCCUAAAAAUCAAAUAAAUAAUUGCUUCUAGACCCAUAAUAUUUGCAAAAUUUUGAGUCAGUUAAUUUAUAAGGUACGGACGUAGGAUGUACACUUUUAUAGCAUAACCCUACCCGAGAUCUUUAGAGAUUGUGAGAGAGAGUUAGAUCAAGACAAUCAUGAAAUAAGAACCUGCCUUCAUGUUUUUCAUGUAAAGAUUAUUUGCAAUAGUAUUAAAGAAACAAAUGUAUUUUUAACUCAUUAUUUUUAUUGUUAUCAUUAAUACCUAAUACGACCAAUCGUGCUAUUCAAAAGAAAACAUAAUUACUAGUUUGCAUGCAAACGCUCCGUUGAAAAAUAUUAUUGGUUUUGUUAUUUAGAUUUUAAGUACUUAAAUAAAUUGUAACAACACACAAAUACUACACACUAAAUUGCAUGGUAUGUAAACUAAUUUCUCAUUAGUUAUUAGAAAAAUGUUUCAUAUAAGUCGUCGAUGUUGAAUAGAAGUUUAUUGAAAGUACGUGUUAAGGGAAAUUUAUUUCAGUAAAACGAUGGUUUCCAAUUAAUUUGUUUUUUUAUAAGCAAUGUUUAAGUACCUAAUUUAUGUAAAUGCUAAAUUAGUUAUCGAAUAGUGUAACUAUUAGAUUAGAUGUUUUGAUGUAAAUAGUCGAUUUAGAAUUUAAGUUAGUUUCACUAACGAAUAUUAAUUUUAAUUAGGUAGGUAGAUGGUUCCAUGGGAUACUUAAAAUAAUAUUUGUUACACCGAAAUAGAUAAACAUGAA